AUGCCUGCGGGGACGACUCUUAGCCAUGGCGACGAUUCUCUUGAUCACAAUGAGGGUUUCACCUUUGACACGACAGAGCCCACCGGCACAUCAGUUCUCAGCGCCACUCCACAGAUUGUUGCUCCAGUGCUGCCGAGCGGCACUGCCACACGGCCUUUGGCCAGCACCUCCUGGCCCUCUACUUGCUGGGAAUACCCCACAUUUGCUUCUCUAAGCAAGCAGCAUUUUCUCAAAGACUUUCGGGACGGCCGACAACGGUACUGUUCGUCGAUCCUCGUAAACGCCCUGCUCGCCCUUGGAUGUCGCUUCGCCGAUCAAGACAAUACUUACGCGGACCACUUCUUCGAGGAGUGUUUGCGGCUCUUGUACUUGGAGGAAGAUCAGCAUCAGCUGACCACAAUCCAGGCACUGGGGAUCUUGGGUCUAAGAGAGGCAAGGUGUGGCCGAAAUCCCGAGAGUCGAUAUUAUUCCGGGCAAAGCAUCCACCUCGCCUUCGAGAUGGGCCUUCACAGGACGGGCAUGUCCGCCAACGAAUCAGAUGAGACAGCAGUCCAAGCUGCCACUUUCUGGGGUGCCUUUGCCCUCGAACAGUACGUGGCUUUGUUUUCGUCCCUCCACCCCACAGUUCGUCUCUUCAGAACGGAAUACGCUCUCUGUCCCUAG